GAGGUACCAGCUUCGAAAAUACAAGGUUUAACAUCUCUCUCUCAGUCGAUAACACAAACGCAACAGAGCGCAGCUCAGGCGAAAACACACGAACCCAGAAUCCACCGCACACUCGUCACUCUCUUCCGGGUUGUUAAUGGCGGAUAGCAUAGCGUAGCGGCAACCCGAAAAAUGCUAUUUCGAGCGCUAUAGCGGUGAAUAGUGGAGUAGCAGUGAACCCCCAGGGUGCUACGCUAUAGCGCGCUAUUAACAAGCCUGGUUCCAAUAAGUGAUUGAUACAGGAUCAGUUACCUGAUAGCAAUUGUUGAAGCAUACACCAGCAAAGAGUGGGCAUGGCAUUAGCUAAACAAGAAAAGCUAUAAAAAUGCCGUCAACCACUGUUGCUGCUCAACUUCCGAGUUGCUGGUACCGCAUUCCCAGCCAUCUUAACACCCACCAUCAUGCGCAACAAAAGAGAAAACUCACAACUCUAUCACUUGCCAAUGCAGAUAGCCAAAUCCCCCUAGGAAAUUUCUACAGCCCAAGUCUUCCUCAGGCCCACAGUUGCAGCAAGGGGCAAGGAAUCAGUAACAGGACCAGAUACAAUUUUGAUUCAAAUAAAAACCACAAACACCUAUUGUUUCUGCAGUACUUCCCAAUAAAUGACUCAAAAGACGCCGAUGAUCAAAAUCCCGAGACCAGAAACCAGAGUCAAGAUCCAUUAGACGAAGAAAGAGAAUUCAAGAAAAACAACAAAGCUAAGGUUCUUUUUACAAACAUGUGGUGGGUAGAUGUGAAAGCAGCAUUUGGCCAAAGAAUCAACUUGGAGGGCAUUCGAUGUUCAACUAUGGUGAUCUUAAAAGACCAGAAAUUGGCACUGCCCCAUAUUUCUGUUCCUGAUAUAAGGUACAUUGAUUGGGCUGAACUUCGUAGAAAGGGAUUUAAGGGUGUUGUCUUUGACAAGGAUAAUACCAUUACAGCACCUUACUCUUUAAAACCCUGGCCUCCGCUUGAGUCUUCACUGGAAGAUUGUAAAUCAGAGUUUGGUCCAGAUGUUGCUGUAUUUAGUAACUCGGCUGGACUUAAUGAGUAUGACCAUGAUGGUUCAAAAGCUAGGAUGCUUGAGCAUGCAAUUGGAAUUAAAGUCAUCAGACACAGGUUGAAAAAGCCAGCUGGUACAGCUGAAGAAAUUGAAAAACAUUUUGGCUGCGAAUCUUCACAAUUAAUCAUGGUCGGUGACAGGCCCUUCACUGACAUUGUUUAUGGCAAUCGAAAUGGGUUUCUUACUAUUUUGACUGAACCAUUGAGUCUUGCUGAGGAGCCAUUUAUUGUUAAGCAGGUGAGGAAGCUAGAGACUUCAUUUGUAAAGCACUGGUCUAGAAGAGGGUUGAAGCCACUUGAUCAGAAGUUAUUGCCAGAUCCCAUGCUAUGUGUCAAGGAUCCACGCCCUUGAUAGACUAAUCUACAAAACCUUGCUCUUCUUAUGGCCAUCAGAAUACUGCUCUUUAGUAAUGCAUGUCACUAUUUUUGUUCAAUUUAUUUAGUUUAUUUUCACAAAACUGGACAUGUAUGCCCCCACAUCUUUAAUUUGGUAAGUUAUCAUCACUACCUAGUCUCGUGUACCCUCAAAAUGGGGGUAGAAAAAAAAUAAGAAAACAAGUUUUCUAUAUAAUUUUACAUACAAAUUUCAAACGGAAA